GCUCCCCUCCUAUCCACACCCCUCCCACCUUCGGCAUCCCCCGAAAAGCCCUGACCCGCUGCAGCCACUGGAUUGGGCUCAGCAACCGUUAGCCCAGGUCACUGAUGGGGGCUAUGUGUAGUUUCCCCACCGUUCCACGCUUUACAUCAUUUAGUUAUGUACAGGCUGGGGUUUCAGACCUGGAAUAACAUUACAACGCACUGAAGGAGCCGUCCUUAAAUACGGCACAAUUCUGUGGGGAGAGAAACAGUGUCGAAGUUGUGUGCCGCUUGGUCUGCGGGGAGGAGGAGAGAGAUGUCAGAUUAGUGUGUACCGUUGUUCAGAGCAGGGCUACUUUUUGAGUAGCGAUGACUGUGGAGUAGUUAUUGAAACAAAUGCUUGAAAGCUGAAUCCUCCAUUUCCACCAGCUGCAGAGAUCAAUACAAGGAAUGGAUGGGCAAACUGACAAAGAUUUCAAUCUUUUAUCUGAAGAGAAUUCUGACUUUGAUAUUUUGUUAUCCCCUGCAAGUGGAAAAAGUGAUGAUGAUGAUGAAGUUUUUCUUGGGCCAGUUCGACACGUGGAAAAAUGUGUUGCUAUUGGAAUUGAUUUAAAUUGCAAGGAAGAGAAAAGUUUGAAGUCUGCAGAAAUUGUGAAUUGGAGUCCUCUGAACACAGACCAGUUUGUUGAAGUUUCCAGAGAAGCCAAUUUACUAGCACUGCAUUUUGAAAACCAUGUGGAGGGAAAGUCUGAGAAAAUGGGAAAUGAAAUGAUACACAGUAAAAAUGUGGAACAAUUUAUAGAGGAAUCAAAAUUAAAACUGACCCUUCUGAGGGGUAUUAGCAGCCCAAGUUGUCCAAGAAGAGAAACCUUUGUAGUUCAAGAUAGUCCACUGAGGUUACUUCCACUUGCAAUCCAGAAAAGUCUGCAGGUUUGUUCUUCCAAUGCUCGUCCUGGCUUUCUAUUAAAAUCACCUAAGAAAGCUGUUGUCCAGGUAAUCAACUCUUCUGUGCAGCCUCUACAAAACUGCAGAAAUCCAACAUUAGGCAAUGAUGAUGUGGCUUGUACUGAGAGCAUAACUUUGAGGGAAGUUCCAUUAGGUGAACAGCCAACAUGGACAUCAGAAAAGGGAAGCCAACCAAAGGUAUCUGGGUCUAAGGUUUCAGGUUCUGUGAAGAAGCAGAGUGCUGGUAUGGCAGUAAGGACUCUCAACCAUGCUUCGUCAUCUAUAUCCAGUGUUCAUUCUGGUCUUCAUAAUUCUGCUAGUGGUGGCAAAGUGGUGUCCAUGAAUGUUUCCUUAAACUCAUCAAAAUUGCAAAAUUCAAAAAAUGGCAGCAGAAUUGUGGCUCCAAAGAGCAAGUCAAGUUCUACAUGUGCAAUUGACGUUCCAAAAACAAAAUUAAUGAAACCAGCAAAUACUUGUCAAUUAACCACUCCUGGAAAGAUGAAUCAGCAAGGAUCAGGGAUGCAGACCCUGCCCUUUAGAGGUUUACAAAGAAGUGGCUCAAUUGAUAUGAAGGUUGAAACUAAAAUCAAAUCAAACCAAGUUGUAAAUGCAUUAGGGAAGGAUCCGUGUGCAAAGACUAAGACAUCUAUUAUUCCUAGCCUAGUUUCAAAAAGAUCCAGUGCACCUUCACCUCGAACCACAAAGUCAAAAAUAACAGAACCAAAGAAGCUGUUGUCAUGCGGUGCAAUUGAGAGUGUUAUAGAGGCUUGUACUCCAAACAAACCACCUAUUCGAGGAAUGCUGCAAACACCUAACGUUCCAAAUAGACUGACUUCAGUAACACCUGGCACGAGACGUUUAUCUGCUUUACCCACACCAUUAAAUCGCCGCAGGUCGGUUAUUCCAACAUUCACUCCACAAACACAACCAAGACUUGGGUCGUUGUCUCGCCAAGCUAUAGCUAAUCAAAACCGUAGUAUGUCAGCCUGUGGAACUAUUCUAGCAAGUAGUGAACAGAAAAUGUCGAGAAAGCCACCAGCUCUUUGCUCAUCUGAUUCCUCUGAAGAAGAGAUAUCUCCACCUCUGGUUCCUUGUUUCCUGGAUUUUUCUCCAGAUAAACCACAGACUGUAUGCCAAGUGAAAACUGUAGAGCAUACAUCUGAGACUCAAAUCAUGGAGAAUCUCUUAGUUGAAGUUAAUACAAAAAAUAAACAAAUUGAAGACCACCCACUUAUUGAUCUCUCAAAUACUCCUGACCUAAAGAGGGUUGCACCAAUGAAGGCUCCUGAACCGCUUAUAGAUUUCAGCUCUCCACUGAUUACGUUGAGCCCCGAAAACAAGGAAAAUGUGAAUAUGGACUCUCCUUUGCUGAAAUUUUAGAAAAGGUCCUGUUAUGGUCUACAGCUACUAUACAUAUUACUGUUGUAAUAUUACUUUAAUCUUGUUCUUUAAACUGUUUUGUUCUCUCUGUGUAUUUCCUUGUUUCUAAGUCAGUGGAUGUUCUGAAAUAAUGGGUCAGUGUCAUUCUUUUGGAUUACUAUGUCUCUUUGGACCACAGUUAAUCUCAUAUUGUAUCACUUGCCAUAUUAUUCCUGGUAGUGAAAUUUGUCUAUUGUGAUUAUAUAUUUUUAAAAAUUGAAAAGCUAAUCAACUGAAUAAAGGGGAAAAAAUUAAAA